CCGACCGCACCUCUUUCUAUGCUGGCAACGGGAAUAGCGACUGCAAACACUCGCUACUAUCCUACUAGCGACUCGGGCACAACCUCCCCAGAAAUCCCCCGCCCCCUCCUACGAUGGCCGCCCUCGGCAUUAGCGUCCUGACAUCUCCAUCCUCGGAAUCCUCGAAAACAACUGGCUACGAGGGACUGUCCGGCUACCACUUGAACGCUCCCAACCCCCCGCCGGCGCUCGUAUCGAAGGCCCAACCAACCGAGUCACCUCUACACCCCAGUGCAGAUACGUCCACGGAUCCGACACGGGAGAUAUCCAGCCCUCGCCCUCAGCUCUUUCCCCCGGGCCAGUCCCCGAUUCCCGUCAAAAGAACGAUAUCCGAAGACUGCACCCAAAGCGGCCCGUCAGACCGGACUCGCAAGUACCACUGUCUACGGAAAGACGCCGAGCGACAGGAAAGACCGCAUCGUUAUCUGCUCGAAAAACCAUGCCUCCCCGCGAGGAUGCUUAGAGGCCACCCUGCGCCUCGGCAAAUCCUUUCCCCCCAGUCCAGAAUCCCCGGGUUCCGGCUUUCAAAUCCCUCCAUGGGCAACGGAGUCGCGAAGCGGCCGUCGCGCGAGAAGGGCCCGAGAAGAGUGGCACCUCCUAUGUACAAACUUCCAGAGUUUACGGGCCCAAUGCGCUCAAAAAUGGCGCCUUAGCUCUUCACGCGCUGCGUCGCCGACGGUGAGGAGAUUUGCUGCACCCGAUUCAGUACCGAGAGGGAUUGUAUCAGCAGAAUAACCCUACCAGCAGAGAU